AUGCACCAGGUAGACGAACUCCUUUCUGAAAUGAAAGAAAAGGGGUUUUUACCGAAUGGGACAACAUUUGACAUUUUGGUUUGUGGACAUGUGAAGACCGGAAACAAGAAGGAAUCCAUACGACUUUAUUGUGAAAUGAUAACCAGAGGUUUCGUUCCUCAUAUCAGCACUUAUAAUCUGCUUAUCAGUAAUUUCGCCAAGGUGGGGAAAAUGAAGCAAGCCAUGGAGCUUUUGAAUGAAGUGCACGGAAGACGAGUCAUGGCUAAUUCCUCAACUUAUGAUAUAUUAAUAAGUGGAUGGUGUAACUUAUCAUAUCAGGAGAAGUCGGUGAAGAAUUUUUGUCAAGCUGAGGCAAGCAGGAGCAAAGAGGCGAAGCGAACGGUUGCCAAAGACCGCGUAGUUGAUCAUAUAGACCAAGAAGUUGGUGAUAGUUUUGGGUCAUUUUUGCACGAGGAACAUGAAGGGGACUGGCAGGUGAUGGGUUCUCCUCCUGAAUAA